AUAAUAAGGCCUGCCUACCAAAAGAUAUCUCCCUUCCACAAGUUCAUCACACAGCUUGCAACUAUGACAGAUCCAUACACAAAUUUCUUCAAAGGUUACUUCAAUCACUACACUUUUUCCUCCAAUUCUCCUCCUCCUCCUCCUGCUCCUUAUCCUCAUCCCUUCUUAAAUCCAAACUCCAGCUUCUAUCACAACUACUACAAUUACACCAACUGUAAUAACAACCCACCUUCCUCUCCUCCGCAAAGAGAAGCCCUUCCUCUCCUUAGACAGAGUCCAGCUUCUUCCACUCUCCAUCAUGACGAAGAAGAACAUAAAAAUAAGAAGAACAACAACGAAGGAGGACUACAAAAUGAUCAAGAUGCUGAGGAAGAUGAAGAAGCAGUGACGGUGGCUCUUCACAUAGGACUUCCAAGUCCUAGCGCAGCAGAUCUAAUCUCAAGAGUCUCCUGCACCCAGCAAGUUGGAGAAGAGACGGAAGAGGUAGAAGAAGAAGUAGAGGUUCCGUUAGGUUAUACUGAGAAUUCCAUUGGGAAGCUCAACAAGGGCCAGUACUGGAUUCCUACUCCUUCUCAGAUCCUUAUUGGGCCUACUCAGUUCUCCUGUCCUGUGUGCUUCAAGACCUUCAAUAGAUACAAUAACAUGCAGAUGCACAUGUGGGGACAUGGCUCACAGUACAGAAAAGGACCAGAAUCUCUUCGUGGAAUCCAACCAACGGCAAUGCUAAGGCUACCAUGCUAUUGCUGUGCUCCUGGCUGCAGAAACAACAUAGAUCAUCCUCGCUCAAAGCCUCUUAAGGACUUCAGAACUCUGCAAACACAUUACAAGAGAAAGCAUGGCAUCAAGCCUUUCACGUGCAGAAAGUGUAAUAAGGCUUUUGCAGUUAGAGGAGAUUGGAGGACACAUGAGAAGAACUGUGGCAAGAUUUGGUAUUGCAUUUGUGGAUCAGAUUUUAAGCACAAGAGGUCUCUUAAGGAUCACAUUAAGGCAUUUGGUCAUGGCCAUGCUGCUUAUGGGAUAGACUGCUUUGACGAAGAGGAAGAGCCAUCGUCGGACAUCGAACAAGACGGGGGUGCCAGUACUGGAGUGCAGAGUUGUGAAGGAAGUAACACUGUCCAACCUGUUCGCUGGUGAGAUCCCAAACAUUGAAGCAUAAUUUCAGCAAUGUGAAGCCAAUCACUGAUAAAUGCAGCCAUCUUUUGGAUAACGGGAAAUUUUCACAAGAUACUUUGUUUUUUUUUUUUUUUAAUAUUUGGAACUAAUAUUAAAAAAAAAGUAAGAAAAUGCCUCUUGAUAGCUUGGUCUUUUUAACAUAAUAGAGCUUGUUUUGAUUAAUUAAACCCUUGUAGGAGUUUUUCAGAUGUUGCAAC